AUGUCUAUCUCUGCGCGCUAUACACGAUACCUAGUGUUCGCCUUAGUGGGAUUGGCACUCUUCUACUUCGUCUCACGAUCCUCCCUUGAAAUCCCAACCAGUUCCUCAUUUGCCCCACACCCUCCUACCUACGAAGAGGUUAAGGAGGUUAAGGAAGAAAAAACACAGAGCUCUCCUCCUGCAUCUAAUGAAAGGGUGAACGCCACCUUUGUCACUCUCGCCCGUAACUCCGACAUUUGGGACAUUGCCAAGUCUAUCCGCGCCGUCGAGGAUCGAUUCAACCGCAACUUCCACUAUGACUGGGUGUUCCUGAAUGAUAACGAAUUCGACGACGAUUUUAAGAAGCUUACGACCGCACUGGUCUCCGGUACCACCCACUAUGGUCGCAUUCCCAAGGACCACUGGUCAUACCCCGAUUGGAUUGACCAGGACAAGGCGCGUGCCGCACGCCUGGAAAUGGGUCGCAAGAAGAUUAUUUACGGUGACUCUGAGAGUUAUCGCCAUAUGUGCCGCUACGAGUCUGGAUUCUUCUUCCGCCACGAGUUGAUGAUGAACUAUGAGUACUACUGGCGUGUGGAGCCUAGCAUUGAGCUCUACUGUGAUGUUCCCGAGGACCCUUUCCGAUUCAUGAAGGAGAACAACAAAAAGUACAGCUUCGUGAUUAGUCUGUUUGAAUACUAUGAGACCAUCCCUACCCUGUGGGAUAGCGUGAAGAGCUUCAUGAACGAUCACCCGGAGCAUAUCGCUGAGGGGAACUCCAUGGAGUUCAUCAGUGAGGAUGGUGGUGAGAGCUACAACAAGUGCCAUUUCUGGUCCAACUUUGAGAUUGGCAGCCUGGAAUGGUUGCGAUCCGACCAAUAUAUUGACUACUUCACUAAGCUUGAUCGCGAUGGUGGCUUCUUCUACGAACGGUGGGGCGAUGCCCCAGUCCACUCGAUUGCUGCUUCGCUCAUGCUCAAGACGGAGGAAAUCCAUUUCUGGAAUGAGAUUGCCUACUAUCAUGUUCCAUUUACCCAUUGCCCAAGCAGUGAGAAGACGAGGCUGGAUCUUCGCUGCCACUGCAAACCCAGCGAGAACUUUGACUGGGCAGGCUACUCAUGCACAAAACGAUGGUUCGACGUCAAUAACCUGCCGAAGCCAGACGGCUGGGAUUCGCAACAGUGA